CUUUUGCUGACCAAACAUUAGAAAAUUUUAGUUUAAUACAGAAAUUGAAUCUUGAUAUUUGUUAUAACUAUUAUCUCUGAUUUUUAAAUUAUGUUUAAGAAUUAUUAUAGUGUUUUGAAAUCAAAAAUAUCUGUAAUUCUGUAGCUGAUGAACAGUCCUUUCAACGUACAAAAAUAAGGGAUUCAUGUCGUAAACAAAAAUGAUCAACAGUAAACUGAAAGAAGUUUAUGCAUGAGACGUAAUAAAAGUCAUAAUCGUGGAAGUAAAGUGAUGAUUAUUUGCUCAAUAUAUUUCUAGUUAUUUUUAAAAGUGUCCUUUUAGUUAAGUUAUCAAACAAUUUAAAAGUUUGAUCUCAGUAUGGAAGAUCCUAAUAUACUUGACAUCGAUUCUCACGUGUUCAUGGAAAUUGAGACAAUGUUAGAAAAUAAGUCUACAAGAGAUAACUUCUUACGAUCAAUUCCAUCCUCUAUCUUUACUCCUACAUCGAUUCAACUGAUGGAUAAUGAGUCAUAUAAACAUUAUAUGAGCACUGGGAAAUGGCUACUUUUUCAUUUAGGAAAUAAGGGUGUUCGUGUUUCAGAAUUUGUUCGAUGGUUAGAAGAAGCCAAACUAGAAAAAGCACUUAUGCUUCUAAAGAAAGAUGUACCUAUAACAAUAAUCAAAGAACCACCAUCAGUUGUUCAUGUGCAGAGGGGCGCAACAUUAUCGGUAACUUGUAAAGCAACAUCAUUUCCUGCUCCAGAAUACCAAUGGUUUAAAGAAGAUGAAGAACUUUUAUUACAGCAAAAUGAAACAUUGUUGAUUGAGCAUAUAAAGGAAGAGGAUUCUGGUUUAUAUAUUUGUCUUGUGGCAAAACCAAAUUUAGAUCCUAAUAGUGAUCCUUGGAGUUAUACUUAUUCAAACCUUGUUCAAAUUGAAGUUUCAGAAGUGUCUUCACAAAAUUGCCUUUUUACUGGACAUUCUAUUUCCACUCCUAGCUCAAUUUCAGAUUCACUUUCGCCAGAAGACAGCUUGAUAUCCAUUUCUGACAAUUUAAAAACACUGCCUUUAUCUGAAAAUCAGAAAAGAGCUGCAAAAAUCAAAAGUAAAGUACAUCCUCUUGAUGGUAAGAUUCCUCAAGGUGCUAGUAUAAUAUUGCAUUGUAGAGCUAAGUACAUCAAAUCGGAUCCAAAACUUCCCAAACAGUCAUCCAACAAUAUACAAUAUCAAUGGUACAAAAAUGGACGUCCAAUUGAGGGUGCAACUUACUGUGAUCUCCCUUUGAAUUAUUUAUACCCUGAUCCAGUUACUGGAGAUAUGAAAUGGCAGUAUUAUUGUCUGGCUUUUGAUGAUUACGAUAGAGAAUUUUCAAAUACUGUAGAAGUUGAAUUGGAAGAGGAAAAAGAUUCAACCACAUAUUAUGCUACAGGCAAAUAUGCUUUCAUGAUUGCCAAUGAUACCUAUGCCAAUUUACAACAUUUAAAAAAGCCUGCACGUGAUAUCUCAGAUUUGGCGAUACUUCUUGAAGAAAUGGACUUUGAAGUGUAUGCCUAUAGAAAUUUGAAUUUAGCAGAAAUUAAAAAUGCAUUUAAGAAUUUUUACACAAAAUUGGAGCCAGGUUGCUAUGUUUUAUUUUAUUUUGCUGGGCAUGCCUUUGAACAGUUUGGACAAGUGUAUCUUCAGCCUGUGGAUUGCAGUGAAAAAUAUGACCCAUUAAAGGCAGUAUGUGCGGAAGAGAUUUUACAAUGUUUGCAAACAGCAAAACCUGCAUUGAAUGUUUUCCUGAUUGAUGCAUGUCGUAAAUUACCUGAUCAUAUACGAAACGGUGAAAAAUUGACUCUAAAUGUUCAAGAAGCUGAAAAUUUUAAGAUAUUUGAUGGGAAAAUGGGAAGAAACACUAUUUUUGGAUAUUCCACGCCAUUUCUAUAUUCUGCUUAUGAAUGUGAUUCUGAACCUAACAGUUUCUUUGUCAAAAAUUUGAAAAAGCACAUUACUAAAAAUAAAAGAAUUAAUGAUAUAUUGGAUUUAGUUCAACAAGAUUUUAUGAAGGAGGAAAAAGUGAAAAAUCGUCAGUUUCCUGAGAUUAGAACUACACUUUCUGGAAACCGAAAGCUUUGUGAUGAAAUUAAAAAAUGUACCAACAAAUCACUUGAUUUAGAUUUUACUUUAAAAAAAUUUAGAGAAAACUUAGCUCCAUCUCCGACAGAAAUUCCACUUAGUUCAGCUGGAUCUACUAUCAUAAUCAAAGCUAGUCCUUAUCUAGAUGUUUUUAUGAAUGACAUUGACAUUUUGGUUUCAAUAUUUAUCAACAUGAAAGCCCCUCUAAAUAUUUUAGAUGAAAUGGAAAUAGAUUUAAUAUCAGCAGAUGAGGAAAAAAUUAAACUUUUGCCAGCUACAAGUGUUUGUUUGCGAAAUAUAGAAAAGAAACCUAGUGAGAACAAUUUUUUGUUGAAAAAACAAGCAUUUGGCAUUCAAAAAUUUCAGGGUGAAACAAUUGAUUGCAAGUUACUUAUUAAGUUUCCUCGAGCAAAGAAAUGUAUUGAAGCAAGUGUUAAGAUUAAUGUGAAAAGCAUUACCGAUUUGAAACUAUUUGUUAAUCAUCUGGGGACACUUAUCAUUGAAGGAAACUCAUUAUGAUCUAAAAUUUGGUUUGCUGGUCAUUUGAUUUCAGCUUUUAAUGUAGUACUUUUAAUGUUGAUUUAAUCAUUCACUUGAGAACACUCCUUCGACAAGCCACAUACAUAGUAUAAAAGCAGGGGUCUGUCUAGGCCAAAUUUACUACCAUUUAGCAGUACCUUCACAAAAUACUUUUUCUUAAAAUUUUAUUUUUGUAUCCUCUAAGAAACAAUAAAUCCCUAUUUUUGUGUUGAUUUUUUAAUAUAAUUUUUAAUUUUCACAAAUUAUGUCUAAAUUUUCACAAAAUAGGUACCUCUCAGAAAAACCUAGACAGACCCCUGAAAAGGAAGAGUAGUAUCAGAAAAGGUUAAGAUUAUAAAUUUAGAUUCAUAUUAUACACCAAGUUAAAAUAAUUUUCUGCUUCCCUAUACUCUUUUACAGUGUUUCCUUGUUUGGAAAAAAAAAUUGGUAAUCUCUAUGUAAAAGUGGUAAAUUCAAAUUCAAUUCUUUCCUUUCAAAGUAUAACAAUUAAUUUUAUUUAAUAUUCAUGAUAUUGAUAUAUUUAAUUAUCUGAGUGUUACGUUAUAUGUGCAAUUUUUCUCUCGAUUCUGUGCUUUCUCAUUUAACAACAUAGGACGAAACUAGUUUUCUAUGCAGGGAAGCUAUUAGAUUAAAAGUCAGGUGUAUAUAUGUCAGGUAUUUUAAGUAACCCUUCAAAAACUAUAUAUUUAUGGUAUAUGAAGGGUUACUUAAAAUCUCAUUGCUGUCUGUAUGGUCUAUGGUUUGACUGUUAUAUUAUUACUACAUAACCACAAAUUUUUUUUAAUACCCAGUGAGUCCUUCUUAUUGAGUUACAUAUACAACAUAGUUAAGUAAAUCAAGCCCUCUAUGAUUUUUUCCAAUCUUAAUAUAAGAAUAAUAUUUUAAUUGCAUUGGUCAGUUUUGUUUCAAUGUUUAAUUUUUAUAGCAUAGCACAAGUGCCUUUUUAUUGUAUUUUUUAUUUUAUU